ACUUAAAAGAAUGGAAACUGAAACUUAAAGCUGAUUUCAACAUUGCUGAGACGCCAUUACAGGGUGAAGGAUCUCCACUAUAAACACAGAUCUGAAGGAUUGUAACCUGUAAUUCAAAGGGAAACAGAUGUGGUGAGUCUUGCUGUUAAUCGAGGAAAUGGCUGAGAAAGUUGUUCUUCUUGAAAGUUUCCUGAACUGCCACGUGUGUUCAGAGACUUUCAGAGAUCCUGUGUCUCUGAGCUGCAACCACAGCUUCUGUUCAAGCUGCCUGAAGAAAUUCUGGGAACAAGCUGAAAACAAAAACUGUCCCAUUUGUAAAAGAAAAUCAUCUAAAGAUGAACCAGCAGUGAACUUUGCACUGAAGGAACUGUCUGACUCGUUUGCUGAGAGACACAAAGCUGGAUCAUCUGAGACAGAAAAAGAAGAGAAGAAAGAGGAGGUAGUGUGUGAUAAACAUCCGGAGGUCCCAUAUUGGUUCUGUGAGGAUGAAGAUAAAGCUGUGUGUCCUGUCUGUGAGUUUUCUCUCCACCAGAGUCACAAGGUGGUUCCUGUAGAACAAGCAGUCAGUGACCUGAAGGACCAGCUGAAAUCUGACUUAGAAUCUCUACAGGACAAGAGGGACACACACAAACAAGUAGAGAAAACAUAUGAUGAAGUGAUUAAACACUCCAAGAAGCAGCUGUUGUCCACAGAGAAGCAGAUCAGAGAGGAGUUCAACAAGCUCCACCAGUUCCUGAAAGAGGAAGAGGAGUCCAGACUGGCAGCUCUGAGGGAGGAAGAUGAGCAGAAUUGGAAGACUAUCAGCAGAGAGAUGAAGAUGAUUCAGGAGCACAUCUCCUCUCUGUCAGACAGUAUCUCUGCUGUUGAAGAAGACCUGCAGAAACACAACGUGCCCUUCCUCAGCAGUUAUAAAGCCACUCAGACCAGAGCCAGAGUCCAGUGCUCACUGUCAGAUCCACAGCUGGUCUCAGGAGCGCUGAUAGAUGUGGCCAAACACCUGGGCAACCUGUCCUUCAGAGUCUGGGAGAAGAUGAAGGACAAGGUCCACUUCAGUCCUGUCAUUCUGGACCCAAACACUGCAAGCCCCGGUCUCUAUCUGUCCGAUGAUCUGACCAGUGUGAGAUAUGGAGACACAAACCAGCAGCUUCCUGACAAUCCAGAGAGACACACUAAGUAUCACACUGUUCUGGGCUCUGAGGGCUUCAGCUCAGGGAAACACAGCUGGGAGGUCGAGGUGGGAGACCAUCCUGACUGGCUUGUAGGUUUGGCUAAAGAGUCAGCUGACCGGAAGGAAGAGGCAGGAGCUUCACCAGAAGAUGGAAUCUGGUGUUUAGUUCAUUGCAGUGGAAAAUACAUUAAUGGUCUUGAUGAGACAGUCAGAGUGAAGAAGAGUCUCCAGAGGAUCAGAGUCCAGCUGGACUAUGACAUCGGGGAGGUGUCCUUCUACGACCCUGAAGACAUGACUCACAUCUACACUCACAGAGACACUUUCACUGAGAAACUCUUCCCAUGGUUCAAUAUUGGAUCAGCUGGUGAUGCUAAAACUGCUGAUAUCAAAAUCUGUCAAACUGAGAUUCUCUGUGAUGUUCAGGGAGGGUGGUGAGGUCGAAAUGAUUUAUUAGGAUUUUUAUAACGGAGGUGUUUUCUUGUCAGUUACAGAUAAUUCCAGUUAGUUCUUUAUAGGAGAGAAUCUGUCAUUUGAAGGUACAUGAAGAAGAUGUAGAGAUCCAGAUGAGAGAAAAAAUAAGAUUUGAUCUCUUUCAGCAAAUAACAUGAUGUGUUUGUGUCGUUGAACUGGGACGAGUAGAUUUCAUGUGAUCAUUUUAUUUUUACUUUUAUCUACAGAUUUUUUUUAUUUUCAAGUAUUAACAAACUUCAGUUGGCAUAUUUUCCAAAUAGUCUUUAAUUUUAAAUCAUAUAACCACAGAAAGCCUCACCUUACCUUGUUUAUUUUUGACAUUUUAGAAUUACUUGUCAUCUUUUAAUUAUCCAGGUUGUGAAAGUAAUUCAGUAAAUAACUUUCUGAAAAUGCAUUUAUAUGAUUACAUUCAGAUUUCUAAAUGCUUUAUAAAAAUCAACAUCAUGUUUUACUUUGCAGAAUGGACCAAUGUUGAUAAUAAUAAUUCAUCUGUUAUUUGUUUACCAUGUGUGACUGCUGACUGUCAGACAUAUUUUAUAUAUUAUCUCUGUUUUAUCCAAACAAACUCAAUUUACUUCCUUAUUUGUGUUUCUUUGACUGUAGAAAAUUCUGCAGAAAUUGCUUGAUAAUAUUUAUAUUACUCUUCAAUGUUUAAACCAAAUUAGAGAAGCCCAAAAUUGCAAUUAAAUUAAAAAUAUUGACUUUAAGAUUGUGUGGAUUAGGGCUGCAACUAAAGACUGUUUCUAUUAUCAAUGAAUCUGUUGAUUGAAAUAUCAGAAAACUGAAAAAUGCCAAAUAAAAACAACAAAUUCUCAAAUUGGA